GGGAGAGGCAGCCGGGGGCGAGCGGGCAGAGAGGGAGGGAGGGGGCCGAGCGCGGCCGAGGGAGGAUUUAGGAAAAUCGCAACAAGGUCGCACCCCCGGAGCGCCCCGGAUUGCCGGGGCCGGAGCUCCUCGUGGGUUUAGACACUGAGUUUUCGCCGCGCUCCCUCCCCCACCCCGUAGCCAGGGACCCCGCACAGGGCUCUGCUGCUUUUUUUUUUUUUCUCUUUUUUUUUUUUUUUCUCCUUUUAAAAAAAAUUAUUAUUCCGAAAGUGCGAGCCGGACUGAUCCGCAGGGCGCCUGCAAACUUUAAAGAGAACAAAAAGGCGGGUGGGGGCGCGGGCCGGGCUCUCUUUGCGUCGGUAGAAUUUGCACAUCCAAGGGGGGGGGAGGGAAGGAAGGAACAAAAAAAAAACAAAAACAAAAAACAAAAAACCCAAACAAAAAAUAAGAAGGAAAAAAAAUAUUGCAACUGUUGCGCCCGCGAUUUUUCUUCUUUUUUCUUUCUUUCUUUUUUUUUUAAUUUUUUUUUUCUCCCGGGGGAAGGUGCCCGAGGGGGUGGAAAGAGGAGUUGAACUUGCCGCAUUGCAACAGGCGAAAGAAGUGAGAAAAUCAAAUAAUCGAUCCCGCUGCUGCCGCUUCGCCUCGCAAAGUUUGGAGGUGCGGGGGGCGGGGGGGCGAGAGAGAAGGCAGGGAGAGGAAGAGAAGGAAGGGACAGGAGGAAGACGAGGAGGAGGAGGACGAGCCGCGGCGCCCGGACAUGUCCAGGAGGAAGCAAGCCAAGCCCCGCUCGGUGAAAGUUGAAGAGGGUGAAUCUUCAGAUUUUGCUUUGACCUGGGACUCGUCAGUGACUCAAUCAGGUGGCCUGGGAGGAGAGCUGGAGAGCGAAGCGAAGGACAGCCGGGCCCUGGAAGAGAGGAACAGUGUGACGAGCCAGGAAGAGAGAAAUGAGGAAGAUGAAGACAUGGAGGAUGAGUCAAUUUACACCUGCGAUAACUGUCAGCAGGACUUCGAUUCACUGGCAGACCUGACUGAACACAGGGCACACAACUGUCCUGGAGAUGGUGAUGACGACCCACAACUCUCCUGGGUGGCUUCAUCUCCCUCCAGCAAAGAUGUUGCAUCACCCACUCAGAUGAUAGGAGAUGGGUGUGAUCUUGGCAUCGGGGAGGAGGAAGGGGGGACUGGCCUGCCGUAUCCCUGUCAGUUUUGUGAUAAGUCCUUCAUUCGCCUGAGCUACCUUAAAAGGCACGAGCAGAUCCACAGUGACAAACUACCUUUCAAAUGCACCUACUGUAGCCGGCUUUUUAAGCACAAGAGGAGUAGGGAUCGCCACAUAAAGCUUCACACAGGGGAUAAAAAGUACCAUUGCCACGAAUGCGAGGCUGCAUUCUCCCGCAGCGACCACCUCAAAAUCCACCUGAAAACCCACAGCUCCAGCAAACCAUUCAAGUGUACUGUGUGUAAACGUGGGUUUUCAUCUACCAGCUCAUUGCAGAGUCACAUGCAAGCUCAUAAAAAGAACAAGGAACAUAUGGCAAAGACUGAGAAAGAGGUGAAGAAGGAUGAUUUUAUGUGUGAUUACUGUGAAGAGACAUUCAGUCAGACUGAAGAUUUGGAGAAGCACGUAAUGACACGCCACCCACAGCUUUCCGAGAAGGCAGAUUUGCAGUGUAUUCAUUGCCCUGAAGUAUUUGUAGACGAAAACUCGCUGCUCUCACACAUUCAUCAAGCCCAUGCCAACAAGAAACACAAGUGCCCUAUGUGCCCAGAGCAGUUUUCUUCAGUGGAGGAAGUCUAUUGCCACUUGGACAGCCACAGACAACCUGACUCCAGCAACCACAGCAUCAGCCCUGACCCAGUCCUGGGGAGUGUGGCGUCCAUGAGCAGCGCAACGCCGGACUCCAGCGCGUCGGUGGAAAGAGGUUCCACUCCGGAUUCGACCUUAAAGCCUUUGAGAGGACAAAAGAAAACCAGGUCUGUUGACAGAGAGGAUGGCCAGAACUGGUCUAAAGUUACUUACAGCUGCCCCUACUGCUCGAAACGUGACUUCAACAGCCUUGCUGUUCUAGAGAUCCAUCUGAAGACCAUUCAUGCAGACAAACCUCAGCAAAGCCACACGUGCCAGAUCUGCCUUGAUUCCAUGCCUACACUGUACAACUUGAAUGAACACGUGAGAAAAGUGCACAAAAACCAUGCCUAUCCCAUGAUGCAGUUUAGCAACAUUUCUGCCUUUCAUUGCAAUUACUGCCCGGAGAUGUUUGCAGAUAUCAAUAGCUUGCAGGAACACAUCCGCAUUACUCACUGCGGCCCAAACGCUACCACUCAAGAUGGCAACAAUGCUUUCUUCUGUAACCAGUGCUCCAUGGGCUUUCUGACCGAAGCUACCUUGACUGAGCACAUCCAGCAGACUCACUGCAAUGUAGGAAAUUCAAAAUUGGAUUCCCCUGUCAUUCAGCCAACACAGUCUUUUAUGGAAGUUUAUUCAUGCCCUUAUUGCACAAACUCCCCCAUUUUUGGCUCCAUCCUGAAGCUUACAAAGCAUAUUAAAGAAAACCACAAGAACAUUCCUCUGGCACACAAUAAGAAGUCAAAAGCAGAGCAGAGUCCAGUUUCUUCUGAUGUUGAAGUCUCUUCCCCUAAAAGGCAGCGGCUUUCUGCAAGCGUAAACUCAGUGUCUAAUGGCGAAUACCCAUGUAAUCAGUGUGAUCUAAAGUUCUCAAAUUUUGAAAGUUUUCAGACCCAUUUAAAGUUGCAUUUGGAGUUGCUGUUGAGGAAACAGUCUUGCCCUCAGUGUAAAGAAGACUUUGAUUCCCAGGAGUCUCUUCUGCAACAUCUCACUGUACACUACAUGACAACUUCUACUCAUUAUGUAUGUGAGAGCUGUGACAAACAGUUUUCUUCAGUGGAUGAUUUGCAGAAGCAUUUGUUGGACAUGCAUACUUUUGUGUUGUAUCACUGCACACUUUGCCAAGAAGUUUUUGAUUCCAAGGUAUCUAUCCAAGUGCAUCUGGCAGUCAAGCAUAGCAAUGAAAAGAAGAUGUAUCGUUGCACAGCCUGUAACUGGGAUUUUAGGAAGGAGGUGGAUCUGCAGAUCCAUGUGAAGCAUAGUCACUUGGGUAAUCCAUCAAAGUCUCACAAAUGUAUCUUCUGUGGUGAGACCUUCAGCACAGAGGUAGAACUGCAGUGCCACAUCACAACCCACAGCAAAAAAUACAACUGCAAGUUUUGUAGCAAAGCUUUUCAUGCCAUCAUCUUGCUUGAAAAGCACUUGAGGGAAAAACAUUGUGUUUUUGAUGCUAGUGCUGAGAAUGGUACAGCUAAUGGCAUGACCCCCACAAAUAAGAAGACAGAAGGGGCAGAUAUCCAGAACAUGUUAAUGAAGAAUCCGGAUACUUCCAACAGUCAUGAAGCCAGUGAGGAUGAUGUGGAUGCUUCUGAGCCCAUGUAUGGCUGUGACAUUUGUGGGGCUGCCUACACUAUGGAGGUCCUCUUGCAGAAUCAUCGUUUGAGAGAUCAUAACAUCAGGCCUGGGGAGGAUGACUGUUCUAGGAAGAAAGCAGAAUUCAUCAAAGGUAGCCACAAGUGUAAUAUCUGCUCAAGGACCUUUUUCUCAGAAAAUGGCCUGAGGGAGCACAUGCAGACCCAUCGAGGCCCAGCUAAGCACUACAUGUGUCCCAUCUGUGGGGAACGCUUCCCAUCGCUCCUGACCCUGACGGAGCACAAAGUCACUCACAGCAAGAGUUUGGAUACAGGCACGUGUCGGAUCUGCAAAAUGCCACUGCAGAGCGAGGAGGAAUUCAUCGAGCACUGCCAGAUGCAUCCAGAUCUCAGAAACUCCCUCACUGGGUUUCGCUGUGUUGUCUGCAUGCAGACGGUCACCUCGACCCUGGAGCUGAAAAUUCAUGGGACGUUCCAUAUGCAGAAGUUGGCAGGAAACUCUGCAACCUCAUCGCCUAACGGCCAGGCCUUGCAAAAACUCUACAAGUGUGCGCUGUGCUUGAAGGAGUUCCGGAAUAAGCAGGACUUGGUAAAGCUGGAUGUGAACGGCCUUCCCUAUGGCCUGUGUGCUGGAUGCAUGACCAGGAGCACCAAUGGACAGUCUUCGAGCUUGACUCCACAGGAGGUGAACGAGAGGCCGUGUGGCAGCCUGAGGUGUCCAGAGUGUAGUGUCAAAUUUGAAAGUGCUGAAGACCUAGAGAGCCACAUUCAGGUAGACCACCGAGACCUGACACCUGAGACCAGUGGCCAAAGGAAAGGUACCCAGACAUCCCCUGUUCCCAGAAAAAAGACCUAUCAAUGCAUCAAGUGCCAGAUGACCUUUGAGAAUGAGAGAGAGAUACAAAUCCAUGUCGCUAACCAUAUGAUUGAGGAAGGCAUCAAUCAUGAGUGCAAGCUGUGUAACCAGAUGUUUGACUCUCCGGCAAAGCUCCUGUGUCACCUGAUUGAGCACAGCUUUGAGGGGAUGGGAGGCACAUUCAAAUGCCCUGUUUGUUUCACAGUCUUUGUACAGGCAAACAAACUGCAGCAGCACAUCUUUGCAGUGCACGGGCAGGAAGACAAAAUUUAUGACUGUUCCCAGUGCCCACAGAAGUUCUUCUUUCAAACAGAGCUUCAGAACCACACAUUGAGCCAGCACGCACAGUGAGCCACUGGCACUACAGGACACCUCUCUGCAGAAGACUUGACGGUGGCACAGUGGGGAGGACCAUUUGAACAUUACAUCCAAUCAAAGUGUCAUUUGCAACCCAGAUGUAAAACUCUAAUGAUUUGGCCAUGAGGCGCUGCUAUUAUAAGCAGCUGGAAAUGAAUAUUAAUGGAAGAGAUUAAAAGUAUUCCAUGCUCAGUAUUUUUUAUUGUCCUGCUUCAGCUAGUGUACUUUAGAGCUUCUGCUUCUGACUGAAUUUAUAGUGUUAGAUAAAUCUGCUUUGAUGCUGUUGCCCUUUGUUGCUUCUUGUAUUAUAUUGAUAGUUAAAGAUUAGGUGUGAUUUUUUUCUUUUUUGUUAACUGCUUUUUAAUUGCAAUUUUAGGUAACUGUGCAUUGUGAUGUGAUUGCUUGGCUAUUGUCUGAAUAUUUCUUUUUAAUUUUUUAAUUAAAGACUAAUGCUUUGAUUGGAUUUGCCAGUUCACCGGACAGUGAUUAAAACUAUGUAAUGAAUAUAAUCGGUUUCAGUGCAACUGGAUGGUCUGCUUUAUAAAUGUGACUUAAUCUGAUUGCAAUAACUAGUACAGUUCAAUAAAGGGAAUACAUGA